GAGAGGUCAGUUUUGCUAGCACAGCAAGCUAAUGAGCUUGCGUAGGGAAAAGUAAUCAAAGUGUAAUUUAACGUUGGUUUCGGAGAGACUUGACUCGUGUGUCGCUUGCGACAGAGGCAUGGAUUCCGUGGUUUCUCCGACUAUCGGAGAGUUGUUCCUGACUCUCGGUGAGAUGGGCUUCACUGAGGAUCAGAUCAAGGCUGCUGUGCAGGCAGGGCAUUUUUCUGUCACGGAGGCAGCUGAGUGGCUUUUACAAGGACAAAACCUGUGUCACAAAUUGGUUAAGCAGCCCUCCCAGCCUACUGGAACGGCAUUUUCCGCGUUUAACCCUCCCAAAGAGGCAGUGAACCCAAGCAGUUAUGAGUCACACACUGGGCCAACUAACAGCAGAGCAGCAUGCCCUUCUUUGGUCCUGAAAUCACCAGAGUCAUCCGCCUCACCCGAAGACACGCAGCCACUCAUGUCCCGAAUCAAACAGGACAAGAGUGGCUUUGAAGAGCAACAGAGACGACGUGUGGCUCAGGAAGCCAGGGCAGAGAGAAGGCAGAAGAAACAGGAGCGGGAGUUGGUGUUAAAGCGAAUCGCUGAGGAUCGGAGGAGCUUGCAGGAGAAGACCCAGACUAGUACCACCGCUGAGACCACCCCUCUAAAUGACCAAGGCCAGAGGCUUGGGGGAAAGAUUCAGACCAAUGUGGAUAACAACUGCAUCCUUAUAAUUCGGCUACCUUCUGGAGAAUCAAUACGGGAGCGCUUCCCAGCUGAUGCCCCGCUACGUGUGGUAGUGGAGCAUAUCUCAGGACGUCACCCUUCCUUGCCCCCCUUUUCUCUCCUUCAGGGUUUCCCACGGAAACGCUUUGGGGAGGCGGAGCUUGAAUGUUCACUGCACUCCCUGGGCCUCACGCCCAACGCUGCCCUCUGUAUCCAAACCACUCCCCCUGAGACACCCCAGGACCCACCCAGCCCAGCAAAAUCACUCUCAGCAGAACAAGAUAACCAGGCCUCAUUUACCAUGUCCCCACAGCCACAGAUCCCAGUUCCGGAGGAGGCAAGGGGCGAACAGCCUCCCCUGCCUCCACCUUUGCCACACCAGGUAUGGGAAGAGGCAGUAGGUUAUGCAGGCAUCCCCGACGUUGGUCCUCCCUUGUCAGGGCCCUCUCACUUCUGGGGGCGUGGCCAGAAGCUAGUUCCCGGCAAUGCUGAGGAGGCUGCCAGCUCAGAUGAUGAUGAGGAGCAGGAAGGAGUGGGAGACCCACCUCCAAUGCUCAGUGGACUGCCAAGGCUACCCUUUUUCCCAGAAAACAGGGUGCAUGGAGGGUUUGAGCCCAGGCACCAGUGGCCAGAGCAAGGGAAUCGGCUCAGGGAAGACCCAGUAGAGGACCCAGAAGAAGCAGAGGAUGCUGGAGGAAGGGUUUUGCCUGGGGCUGCAGGACUGGCUGCAGUGGAAAGACUUCAAAGAGCAGCACAGCAGCAAGACCUGCAGGCCACCCAGGGCCAACCAUUGCCCCCCAAGAGACCCCUCAGAACACCAAGCAUACCGUCCUUAUGUGUCAUGGCCACACGGGCAACCGUCCACCUCAUGACAGCUCCCAGUAUGCAGUACAGCAGCAGUCUUUCGUGUCUGACCCCCGAGCUCGCAGAACUUCUACUCAACCACAUGUCCCGCGAGAGGCUGCUACGUCCACGCACUCUGGAGCUGUUCUUUGGUUGCCCAUUACAGAAGUUUGUCCUCAACUGCUACCCUUACUCUACAAAUGAGCUUCUACGACAGCUGCGGGCCUUCACUGCACUGAAACACCUGAGCUUGGUCAACUCGCCACUCAUUACUGACUCUGGUCUAACGGUUCUUUCCAGCCUGCUCAAACUCCAGUACCUGAACCUGGCAUCCUGUAGUAAACUGACCGACUCGUGUCUGCUGCAUAUCACAGGUUUAAAGAGCUUGUGUUUCCUGUCCCUGGACCAGACCAAAGUCAGCGAUGCCGGAAUGUUGCUUUAUCUCCAGUCUGCUCCCCCCUGCCUCACCCAACUCAGCCUGAACCAGACUGCUGUGACUGAGUCCACCCUGGCAGUCUUGCCCACCUGUGUUCCACAGCUACGAUUGCUCAGUAUCAAGCAGACCAAGGUGAGUGACGUGUCAGCUUUGAAAGAGCUGUCCAGCCUGCAGACCCUUUACCUGGAUGGGACAGGUGUUACAGAGAGCUCCCUGGAGUGCCUCUCCACCCAUCCUACUCUCUCUGCCCUUAGCUUGGCAGGCAUUCCCGUGGUGGACGGCAACCACAUCCUACAAAUAAUCUCAGGUCUAAGGCUGACCCAGUUCACCCUCCCUGGACGCCAUUCUGUGUCUGACAUCGGGCUGUCCUUCCUCUCCAGACUGUCUCUGUUGUCAGAGUUAGACCUCACAGACUACACCCAAGUCACAGACCAGGGAGUCAGCCAUCUCUCCACUAUGAUCAGGUUGAAGAAGUUGUCUCUCAGUAACACUCAGGUGAGCGAUGUUGGGCUUCUGGCGCUGCACGGCUUACAGGAGCUACAGGAACUGUGUCUGGACCGCACAGCCGUCACAAGCCGAGGGGUGGCUGCCCUCAUAACAUGUCUGCCACACCUCCAGGUGUUGGGGUUAGCCAGUUCACGGGUUGGGGACACUGUAGUGCGUAGAGGUCUGGUCCACUGUAGUCAUCUGCUGAAGCUUAACCUCAGCCGCACGCGCAUCACAGAUCACGGCCUCAAGUUGCUGAAGCACAUGCACUUGUCCCAGGUCAACCUGGAAGGUACUGGAGUGACGUUAGCUGGUAUCGCGAGCCUCUUCUCCUCCACCAGUAUCAGCAGUAUCCGGGCCAGCAACACACGCGCCAUCCUUCCCGACGAGGUUUCGGAUGAUGAUGAAGAAGCCUAAUGA